CUCGAGCCCCAAAUUUGAUGACGUAUCUGUUUAUACGUUCGAACCUUCCGCGAUGAAAAUAGUGCGCAAAGAAUGUUAUCGAAUCGCAAAGGGAAUAUUUUAACGCAAAUAUAUAUGCAAAUAAAGCAUUGUACAUUACAUUUAAGAAAUUAAUACGACAGUUUCAGCCACGAACCUUUGCAUAUAUGCAAAAUUGGUUCGCGCACGAACACCAAACACGCAGUCAUAUAACUCGCCCCCACGAUCUCCGCCAUUUCUUUUCCCGCAUGAUUCAUGGAAGGACGUUCACGUGGGGGAAAAUAGUUAAAUUUUGUGUACGCUACGCGUAAGUACAAAAAAAUACAAAAAAAAUCUAUAAAACCUUAAAACGUACAAAAAAAGUGCAAAACUUCUAGGAGAAAAAACCCUGAACUUGUCUAGGUUCAGUCGAAAAAAUUCCGCAACCACAACCAGCAGCGACGGGCGACAGAGUUAGGGUUAGUUCGGCCUUCCUUGAGUGAGACUUCGCCACCAGCGGACGACGACGAGUAAGUUUCCUGUACCACAUCGGCCAAAACCUGGAAAAAGAUGAACCCCAGCGGCCCCAACUACCCGAUGGCUUCCCUGUACGUCGGAGACCUGCAUCCGGAGGUCACCGAGGCAAUGCUGUUCGAAAAAUUCUCGACGGCCGGACCCGUUCUCUCGAUCCGGGUCUGCAGGGACAUGAUCACUCGCCGAUCCCUGGGCUACGCCUACGUUAACUUCCAGCAGCCGGCAGACGCUGAACGUGCCCUGGACACGAUGAACUUCGAUGCCAUCAAGAACAAGCCGAUCCGCAUCAUGUGGUCCCAGCGGGACCCGUCGCUGCGCAAAUCCGGCGUGGGCAACGUGUUCAUCAAGAACCUGGACAAGACCAUCGACAACAAGGCAAUGUACGACACGUUCUCGGCCUUCGGCAACAUCUUGUCGUGUCGCGUGGCGACUGACGAGGAGGCGGCGUCCAAGGGCUACGGCUUCGUGCACUUCGAGACUGAGGAGGCGGCCAACAAGGCCAUCAGCAAGGUGAACGGCAUGCUGCUCAACAACAAGAAGGUGUACGUGGGCAAGUUCAUCCCUCGCAAGGAGCGCGAGAAGAUGCUGGGCGACAAGGCGCGCUGCUUCACCAAUGUCUACAUCAAGAACUUUGGUGACGAGCUUGACGACGACAAGCUGCUGGUGAUCUUCGAGAAGUAUGGCAAGAUCACGAGCGCCAAGGUUAUGACUGACGACAGUGGCAAGAACCGCGGCUUCGGGUUCGUCUCGUUCGAGGAGCCCGACAGCGCCGAACGGGCCGUGGAGGAGCUCAACGGCAAGGACAUGGGAGGCCGGCCACUGUACGUGGGGCGCGCCCAGAAGAAGGCGGAGCGGCAGUCGGAGCUGAAGCGGCACUUUGAGCAGCUCAAGCAAGAGCGCCUGAACCGCUACCAGGGGGUCAACCUCUACGUCAAGAACCUGGACGACGCCCUGGACGACGAACGGCUCCGCAAGGAGUUCGGGCCCUUCGGCAACAUCACGAGCGCCAAGGUGAUGACAGACGCCAACGGCCGGUCCAAGGGCUUCGGCUUCGUCUGCUUCAGCUCCCCCGAGGAGGCGACCAAGGCGGUGACUGAGAUGAAUGGCCGCAUCGUGGUGUCCAAGCCGCUCUACGUGGCGCUGGCCCAGCGCAAGGAGGACCGCAAGGCCCACCUGGCGUCGCAGUACAUGCACCGCAUCGCGGGCAUGCGCAUGCAGAUGGGACAGAUGUUCCCGCCGGGCGGCACCGGUGUGGCCAACUACUUCGUGCCCACCAUGCCCCACCACCAGACGGGCCAGCGCAGCUACUUCCCGGCCGCGCUCGGACCCGCCCAGAUGCGAGCCACCCCCCGCUGGACAGGCCAGCAGCCCCAGCUGCGGGGAGCGGGCCCGCAGGGGGCGGGUGCGGGGGCCCAACCCCAGGGGGCGGGCUUCCCGACGGCCAUGCCCUACCAGCGGCAGCCGCGCCCGUCCCUGGCCGCGCAGCCCCAGAGGGGCUCCUUGGGGGCAGCGAGGCCCAUCACGGGGGGACAGCAGGCCCCACCCCAGCAGCAGCAGGGGGCCGGGGGACCACAACAGGCGCCGCCGAGGGUGAUGGGUCCAAGGCCGACGGGAAUGGCAUCCCAGGCGGCUGCGGGGCCCCGCCCAACCUACAAGUACACCCAGGCCAUGCGGAACCCGCCCCAGGUGACGGCCGUGUCUGCGCCGGUGGCCGCACCUUUCCAGGUUGCGGCCCAGCAGCAGCAACAGCAGCACCAGGUGGCGGCGGCCCAGGCGGCGGCCCAACAGCAGGCCUCCCAGCAGGCGGCGGUGCACAUCCAGGGCCAGGAGCCCCUGACGGCCUCAAUGCUCGCCGAGGCCACCCCCCACGACCAGAAGCAGAUGCUCGGGGAGCGGCUGUUCCCCCUCAUCCACCGCAUGUACCCAGACCUGGCCGGCAAGAUCACCGGCAUGCUGCUGGAAAUCGACAACUCGGAACUGCUCCACAUGCUCGAGCACCACGAGUCGCUCAAGGCUAAGGUGGAGGAAGCAGUGGCGGUGCUGCAAGCCCACCAGGCCAAGGAGACGGUGGUGGUGGGCUCGCUCAAGAAGGAGUGACCGACCCUGCCUGCCGCCCACCCGACCACGUGAACCCGUCCCACCGGGAAUCAAGGGGGGAGGGAAAACCAGAUGGUGAGAAAAUGUCAGAAAAAAAACGCAAAAUGCUCUUAUAAAAAAAAAAUCGAAAAAUGUAUACCACAUUACCGAGGCCCAGUUUACUACCCCAAUUUUUUUUUUCUUCUCGGGUUUUUUUUUUUUAAAUUUUGAAAUUUUGCUAUUACAAAUAAAGAGACCCUUUUUUUUUUGUCUGGA